GCUAACACUCGCUUUCAUCCCACGUUCCCUGGAGCAGCUAUCUCAUUCCAGCCACAUAUUUUCGCUGUCGGCCUUCACCAUGGACGAGGAUUCCAAUUCCAAGUGGGAGCCAACCCCAGACGAUGACGACCCUCUCAAACCCAUGCGCACCCUCGCUGAUCUGGAAGCUGAUGUCUCUGCAGCGGUGAUCCGUGACUGCAAACUAGACGCCUGCGUGGGCUGGUUCAGCGAGAAGAUCAGGGCGCUGCGGCGAUCCGCGAAGGUAGAGAAGACAGCAGACUGGAUCAAGGGUUGGCCGGAUGUGACUUCGCUCGCCCCGGAGACAGCCCAGCAGGUGGAAGAGCUCAGAAGUGAGCUGAAGCAUCACCUCGCUCGCCUCAUGCCAGAUGAAUUCACAGAAGACAUGGACAUCUCGGCGGAUCAUCCCGAUAUCCUGAAACGACUGAAGCGGGUCGAGCCAUUGCGUUAUGCCAGACCACCCCCUGCGCUCGAUCAUCAUAUUAAGGCUCUCUUGGAUGGCUUGCUUCGGUCGCAUGAGGUCCGGCUUCCUGGGACUCAUCCCGAGUCGCAGGAUAAUCAUGCACCGCCUACCACGGCAGAAGAGGAGGCUACCAUGGGACGGCGAUACUUCACUGAAGCCUGUACGCGACUCCGCACCGCCAUCGAGGACGAAAACUCUUCGGCCCUGUUCGCCUGCGGUGGGAGUAUUCCUGUCGUGGACCGUGGCCAGGCCGGGUCAGGAGAUAAGGCGGCGACAACGACGACGACCAGUCCUGUGCAGGUGUACUGGUCGGCCGCUCGCAGUGACUCCACCGCGCGAAAGCUGGUUCUGCCGCUAGAUGGACUGGUCCCGCAAUCCAGCGCGGCCGCCUUGGAUGAUCUGGUGGCUGCCUGCCAGCCCGCCAGUUUCGGCCGCAAUGGGGAGGAGAUCCUGGAUCCAAGCUAUCGGUUGGCGGGGAAGAUCGACCCGGCCAACUUUGCGUCCAGCUUCCACCCGGCAGACUUCGGGAUCCUGCAGAUGGUCGAAAAUGUGCUGCUCCCUGGUAUCAGCGAGAAGGAUCUUGGCCGUGACGAUGAUGGCUCUAAAAAGGUGAUGAGCAAAUCUGCUCGGCAUUACAGAAAGCUUCAUGCGGAACUUUACAAGUUGAAUGUGUACUCCGGCCCAUCGGGCCAUUUCGCCACACAUGUCGACACCCCCCGCUCCGAUAGUCAGAUCGGCUCCUUGGUGGUUUGCUUGCCCUCAGAAUUCUCGGGUGGUCGGUUGACGGUGCGGCACAGGGGCCAGCAGAGUGCCUUCGACUGGAGCGAUGCCAGCCAAUCCGCCAUCCAGUGGGCCGCGUUCUAUAGCGACUGCGAGCACGAAAUCGAGACUAUCACCGAGGGCCAUCGAUUGACGCUGACGUACAAUCUGUACAUCACUCAGGCCCCCACGGCAAAGAUCGACGCAUCCAGCCUGGUUCUUCAGCCUCAAUCGUUCCCAUUGUAUAAUGCGGUGCACGAGAUCUUCUCUAACCCCCGUUUCAUGGAGCAAGGCGGCGUCCUCGGGAUGUUCUGCUCCCACGCGUACGCGCACACCUCCAACGACGCACACGUGCGCCUGCCUCGGGCGCUCAAGGGUGCCGACCUUGUGGUCUACUCGGUGCUGAAGAGCUUGGGGGCCGAGGUCAGCGUGCUGCCGGUGCUCGGCGAAGAUGACCGCGCAGUCUGGGAUGACUGGGAAGAAGCAAUUUACAACAGCAGAAUGUAUCAGGGUCUGGAGACGUACCUCAAAGGAGGCGGCGAGCUGCCUAAGAUCCAGACCAACGAGUGCCUGGGCGCCGAGUAUGGCCGAAAAUAUGAUCUGGACCGUCGCUGGAAGCUGCUUCUCCUCAUCCGGCGGGUGUCGGCGGUGCGGAGCGGGGCUCGGAUCAUGCACUCGAUUGAUAGCGAGAGACGCAGAAAGGGCAAAGAUGCGAAAACCGUCGCAGAUAGAAUGGUCGAAGAUGAAGCAGAAGCAACAGAAGCAGAAGGAGUGGUGGAUUGGUCCGACGGUCACUUCUACCGGAAACGCGGGACGCUUGUCGCGCCACGCCUGUGGCCGUACGGCACUACUAAUUAUGGCGAGCACUCGUCCACGGGAGAGACCACAAUGGCUGCGUGGCCAUUUCUCUACCUUCCGGGUAUCACCUGGCUGAAUCGACCCAAGCAUGCGGAGAUGGCGUUUAGUCAUGUCACGUAUGGUAACGAGGCUGGAGUUGGGACGCAGUAUUCCUAUGCGGCGAUCUUUGCGGCCAUCCCACCGCUCGAAGAACGAAAGAAGCAUUUGGCCUAGC